AUGCCUCCACACUCUUCCACCUCUGACAGCAGCCAAUCGGCCAGGAUAAAUCUUCCAGAGUCGAUGAACAAACAUCGUGCGAGGAGUACUGAUGCAGAAGUCAAAGGCGAAGAUCCAUCCAAAGCUGAAGGCCCUCCAGCUCCUCCUGGCCAGGACGAGACCCAGUCAACUCUUAGGGUUGUCUGUCUGAUCGUCUCAGCUUUUGUCGCCAUGUUCCUGGUCGCGCUGGACAGAACUAUUAUCUCGACGGCCAUACCCAAAAUCACCGAUGAAUUCGACUCUUUCGAUGACGUUGGCUGGUACGGAAGCGCCUACUUGUUGACAUGCUGCGCAUUUCAACUAUUGUUUGGCAAGCUGUAUAAGCUGUUUUCUGUCAAGGUCGUCUUCCUUGCCAGUAUUCUAGUGUUUGAGGUUGCCUCUGCUAUUUGUGGAGCGGCUCCGAAUUCAGUGGCCUUUAUAAUCGGACGAGCAAUCUGCGGAGUCGGUGCGGCUGGUAUCCUUGCUGGGACUAUAAUGUGCAUCAUCCAUUCCGUGCCUCUCCAGAAGCGUCCACAAAUUCAGGGACUAUUCGGCGCCCUUUUCGGGAUUGCUUCUGUUGUUGGCCCUUUGAUUGGCGGCGCAUUUGCAUCGAAUGGGACAUGGAGGUGGUGCUUCUACGUUAAUCUGCCAAUCGGUGGUGCUGCGAUGAUGUUCAUUGGUGUCUGCCUCAGGGUCCCCGACCAAGAUAGAGCAAAGGUCUCCUGGGCCGAGAAGCUUCUACAACUGGAUUUCCUCGGCACUGCACUUUUGAUGUCUGGCGUGGUCUGUCUCAUAUUGGCGCUCCAGUGGGGAGGUCAGACGUAUGCUUGGAACAGUGGCCGCGUCGUGGCUUGCCUAGUUCUCAUGGGCGUGUUACUUCUUUCUUUUAUCGCCGUCCAGGUCUUCCUUCCAAGGACAGCGACGCUUCCAGUGCGCAUACUUUCGCAGCGCAGCAUCAUUUCAGGCUUCUGGCAGACACUCUGCGUCGGAUCCGGAAACUAUAUAUUUGUGUACUUCCUCCCAAUCUGGUUCCAAUCCAUCAAGGGGAGUUCCGCUGUAGAAUCCGGCAUCCGCCUGCUACCAAUGAUGAUAUCAAUGGUCGUCGGCUCAAUCGGUGGUGGAAUCACAAACUCCAAGAUCGGAUAUUACACCCCAUUAGCGAUUAUCGGAUCCUGCGUCAUGUCCGUCGGGGCCGGUCUCCUCACUACCUUCCAGGUGGACACCGGCGAGGCAAAAUGGAUUGGCUAUCAGUUCAUCUACGGAAUCGGCCUUGGUCUGUGUUUCCAAGUCCCCAAUCUCGCCGCGCAGACCGUCCUCCCGAAGCCCGAUGUGCCGUCUGGGCUAGCACUCAUGUUGUUCGGUCAGCUCAUCGGUGCAGCCGUCUUUGUCUCCGUCGGAGAAAAUAUCCUAGCUAAUCAGCUUGUGAAGAGACUUUCUGGGCUUCCGGGGUUCAACACCGGUCUUGUCACCUCCGGUGGUGUCACGGAGCUGAUAAAUGCAAUGCCGACGCAUCUACACGACACUGUUGUCCACUCUUACAAUGAAGCGCUGCGGGAGGUGUUCCAGGUAGGGUUGAUUAUUUCUUGUCUGACCAUACUGGGUGCGGCUACUCUGGAAUGGAAAAGCAUCAACAACGGACAGACAAGGCCCGAUGCUGAGAAUCAGGCGCUGGCUGCAGGGCAACGGACCGUGGGAGCGGUGGGUGGUAAAUAA